GUCUUAAGUAGGAGUUUUAACUUCCAAAACUAAUUGAAAAAAAAUUUGUGCAUUUUGAUUUAAUUUUUAUUAUAAUGAGAUUUAUAAUAAUUUCAUUUGUUUUGAUAUAUUUAUGAUAAAUAAUUAAUUUAUUAAAACUACAUUGUAUUUAUCACAUUUGGCGCUUAUGCGAUCCCUUACCUCAUUGCAAGAAUUCCUCCCUCUCUCUUUAAUUAAUCGAGAAAGAAGUUUUCUGAGUCAGAAAUGGUGAGCUAUUCCAUCGAUAAGAGUAGCAGAGAAAUCCGAUCCCCUCUUUCUUCCCGUCAAUGCAAGAUCUUCUUCUUCUUCUUCUAGGGUUUUCCGAGAGAUUUCGCACCGAUUGAUACCAGUCGCUUCCAUUUCCUCUCUUCGAAUUCGACCCGCGAUUCUUCCGAACUAAAUUUAGGGCGUUUACUGUUUCAGAAGCUUCCGCUGAAUUCAACCAAGUGUAGGGCUUUCCGUCAUGGAAACAUCGGGCGGAAAUUCCGAUGCUUAUUGGACCUCGCGGACUGCCGGCGCCACUGCGACCGGCGGCAGCACGAGGAGUUACUCCGCGCAGUUUUCGACUGCGGGUUUCAUUCAGGCGCCGCUGACUGCUCUUCUGGAGUAUUCCGGGCUCCUGCGGCCGCGAUCGAGCAACCAUGCGGAGGGUGCGAGUUUGCUUGCUGGAGAAGCCAACGGCGUCCGGCUGGACCAUGGUUCGGUUCAGCCGGAGGGAUCGUUGAAUACGAAUUCUGGAGGUGAUGGGGAGGUCUUGAUAAGGAUUAUUCCAUCAGGGGAUAAUGAGAGCCAGGCUCAUACAUCGACCGGCGAGAAUGGUGUUUCUGCGGAGGUGAUUACUAGGGUUUCUGGUGAUGGUGGGGUUGGAGACGAUGGUGGGAGAGAAUACCGGGUUCGCGAGGUUAGUGGAUCGCCAGCAUCUCAGCUGCCUUCAGUCUCAUCUGCUAAUACGCAAAGCUCGGAUGGUGAUGCGAACCUUGCGGAAGCUAACAAUAGGGAGUCAUCUUAUCAGAGAUAUGAUAUUCAGCAGCUUGCGAGAUGGGUUGAGCAGAUACUCCCUUUCUCGUUGCUUUUGUUGGUAGUGUUCAUUCGACAGCAUUUGCAAGGAUUCUUUGUCACUAUCUGGAUUGCGGCAGUGAUGUUCAAAUCAAAUGAUAUAUUGCGGAAGCAAACUGCUUUGAAGGGGGAAAGAAGAAAGUCAGUUCUUGUUGGAAUAACAUUGGUUUUCAUGCUUCAUGUUUUUGGUGUCUACUGGUGGUAUAGGAAUGAUGAUCUCCUGAACCCACUGGUUCUGCUUCCUCCAAAGGAAAUUCCACCAUUCUGGCAUGCUAUAUUUUUUAUUUUAGUGAAUGAUACAAUGGUUCGACAGGCAGCCAUGGUGAUCAAAUGCAUUCUGCUAAUUCAUUACAAGAACAGUCGAGGCCGUAGCUAUCGGAAGCAGGGUCAAAUGCUAACGCUUGUGGAAUAUUUUCUCCUCCUAUAUCGUGCAUUAUUGCCAACACCAGUUUGGUACAGAUUCUUCCUGAACAAAGAAUAUGGAAGCCUCUUUUCUUCUCUUACUACUGGACUAUACUUGACUUUCAAGUUAACAUCUAUUGUGGAGAAGGUCCGAUCAUUCUUUGCAGCAUUGAAGGACCUUUCUUGUAAAGAGGUGCAUUAUGGCUCAAAUGCAACAGCAGAACAGGUAAUUGCAGCUGGUGAUCUCUGUGCUAUAUGCCAGGAGAAGAUGCACGUGCCAAUACUCCUUCGCUGUAAGCACAUCUUCUGCGAAGAUUGUGUUUCUGAAUGGUUUGAUAGAGAGCGCACGUGCCCCUUGUGCAGGGCUCUAGUGAAACCUGCAGGCCUUCGUUCCUUUGGAGAUGGCUCAACGAGUUUGUUUUUCCAACUAUUUUAAUCCUGUACAGUUAAACUAAAUUUUUUAUAUAAACUAUAGAGCCGAAUGAAACUGCCAUCCCUAUA